AUGUCAUCAUCAUCAUCAGUAUCUGAUGGAAUUCUCAAGUUUGCUACACAAUAUUCGUUUUAUAGUGGUUUUAUUAUAUUUAGUUUUGGAAUUAUUGGUAAUGCGUUGAAUCUUCUCGUUUUUACUCAAUUGAAAUUAUUUCGAACGAAUCGAUGUGCCUUCUAUAUAACUAUUGAAUCAAUUUCAAACUUCUUUUAUCAGUUUUUAUCUAUUAGUUUAACUAUUUUAACAUCAAUAUAUGGAGAUGAUGCAACAGGACGUUCUUUCAUUUGGUGUAAAUUAAGAUUUAUAUUGGGACAAACAUGUGCACUCACUACUCUUUAUAUGAUAUGUUUCACUACUAUUGAUCAAUUCUUUUCGACAAAUCAUCGUUUCAAUUUAAGACAAAUGUGUACAUUGAAAUUAGGUCGAUAUGUUUCAUUUAUAUUUAUCUGUUUUGCGAUCAUUCAUAGCAUUGCACGUGGCUCUUCGUAUAAUAUUCAACCAACAAUGGGAUGUAUCAUAUCGAAUCGUAUAUGGAUUCGGUAUUCAACAUUUUUCUAUUAUCCAAUUUUAGGUGGUUUUCUACCUAUUGUAAGUGCAUCAUCAUUUAGUAUCUUAGCUUAUCAUAAUGUUCGUCAUAUAGUCCGACGACAAAUACCAAUUGUUCGUCGUAAACUAGACAAACAAAUAACAACGAUGGUUCUUAUGCGUGUAAUAGCCUUUAUUUGUUUGGUAUUACCUUAUAUUACUUAUAGCAUCUAUGCCAUUAAUUUUCCAAUAUCACGAAGUAUGCCUAUGGCAUAUGCAAUUGGUCGAUUGAUUCAAGCAAUUUUUACUUCUAUCUUUAUUAUAAAUUAUAUGAUCAACUUUUAUAUCUUCAUAAUAUUUUCAUCACGUUUUCGUCGUCAAGUAAAAUUUGUUCUAGUAAAAAAAUGUUGGCAACGAUGGAAGCAUUGGUGUUGUUCCAUAAAUAAUCGAAUUGAACCUGACAACAAUAUUGAACCACGCAAUUCACAGAUGGAAUCUGAAGAAAAUAUCUAG